AUGAUGGUGCUGCGACACGUGUUGUGUUUUUUUGCUUUCCUGCUGAGUGUUGCCUCUCUCUGCACGUCCGCUAGCGGGGCUGCUGCAGCUGCUGAGGCUUCUCCUGAAUCUCGUUGCCCUUCGGGUUCUUCUGAAUCUGAUUGUCCUUCUUCUUCUGCACCUGGUGUUCAUACCCCUGGUGGUCUUGGUGUUAAUCCUUCUGCUGAUUCUACUACUUGCACUACUUCUUCUUGUGCUUCCACUGCUACAUCGUGUACUACUCAUCCAAAUAAUGCUGGGUCUCCUGAAUGUGUUAGUGGUGAUGUUCAUGGUGACACCCAGCGGUUAAAUCAAGGGGAAGAGCAAAGAAUUACUGGUCCUGGUAGUAAAGGUGAUACGGGUGGGAAAGGACCACGUGGGGAUCCGGAAAAGCUGUUGGAGGAGGAGAAGGAGGAAGAGAAAGAAAAGGCCAAUGAACGUCACGAUAGUGUUGCACAUGAGAUGGGUGAUGAAACUGGUAGACCUCAGGGCACUCUACAAACAGGAAAAUCUGAAAUUGCUACAAACUCUCCUUUACCUUCUUCUUCACCUCAUGUACCUUCUGCCCAACAUCCUGAACAACCGAGUGAUGGUGGUGUUGCUACGCAGGAUAGUAAUCCCUCACGAGAAGAUAUCACACAACCUGAAGGUCCACAGAAGAAUACAGAAGGAGAGAAGAAAGAAACUCAAAAUGAACCACAACCCAAUUCUUCCGAUGGAUCCAAUACAACUGGUGCUGACAGUCAAGAAAACAGUGCUGCGACGGUUCAGGAACAGAACACUGCUGAACAGGAAUCUCAACAACAAAACAACGAUACAACUGAGAACAAUAACUCAAACAGAACGAACUCUGACACUACCAAUACACCCAAUAAAGAGGAAUUAACCACCACCACUACAACAACAACACUUCCUCCUGAACUCACAAAUAACAAGAAGGGUGAUGCUGACAGCAGCAGCAGUAUCAGCAGUUCUGUGUGGGUGCGUGUGCCACUACUGAUUGUGGUUACACUGGCCUGUAUUCUUGUGUGCUGA